CGUUCCACGCGGAGGACGGAAAGUCAGGAGCCGGGCGAGCGGGCGGAGCACGUGGUGCGUGCCCUGGCUUCCACCGGGCAGCAUCCGGCCAAUCGCAGUGUGCGGAGAACUUUUACGGACGGUAUAAAUAUUUUGAGCUCGGGGCAUCGUGACCAGCUGACGCUUUCCUUCCUCAGGACCAGCUGUUCGGGAGCAUCCGGAGGAGAGCCGGGCACGGUUGAGACUCGCAGCGCCGCGGACGGCCCCGCAGGGUUCAGGUGCGGCGAUGUCGCUGUUGGAGGAGAGCCGGCCGUUUGCGCAGCAGCUCUCCAAUGUCUACUUCACCAUACUGUCGCUCUUCUGCUUCAAGCUCUUUGUGAAGAUCAGCCUCGCCAUCCUCAGCCACUUCUACAUCGUCAAAGGCAACCGCAAGGAGGCGGCCAGGAUAGCAGCUGAGUUUUAUGGAGUCACCCAAGGCCAAGGUUCCUGGGCAGACCGGUCACCACUACAUGAAGCAGCAAGUCAAGGUCGUCUUCUUGCUCUGCGAACACUGCUAUCCCAGGGUUACAAUGUAAAUGCAGUUACCAUAGACCACAUCACCCCGCUGCACGAAGCCUGCCUUGGAGACCACGUGGCGUGUGCAAGAACUCUGCUGGAGGCUGGAGCUAAUGUAAACGCAAUCACGAUAGAUGGUGUGACUCCAUUAUUCAAUGCGUGCUCACAAGGCAGUGCCAGCUGUACAGAACUUCUUCUGGAAUACGGUGCCAAACCCCAGCUGGAGUCCUGUCUUCCUUCUCCCACACAUGAGGCCGCCAGCAAAGGCCAUCACGAAUGCCUAGAGAUACUGAUAUCCUGGGGCAUAGAUGUUGACCAAGACAUUCCUCAUCUGGGAACUCCUCUGUACGUAGCUUGUAUGUCACAGCAGUUCCACUGCAUCCGGAAGCUUCUUUAUGCUGGUGCCGAUGUACAAAAAGGCAAAUACUGGGACACCCCACUGCAUGCAGCUGCCCAGCAGUCCAGUACGGAAGUUGUAAACUUACUGCUGGAAUUUGGAGCCGAUAUCAAUGCCAAAAAUACAGAGCUUCUCCGACCUGUAGAUGUAGCGACUUCCAGCAGUUUGGUGGAAAGAUUGUUGCUUCAACAUGAAGCUACUCCAAGCAGCCUUUGCCAACUUUGCCGACUCUGUAUCAGAAACUACAUAGGGAGGCCGAGACUGCACCUCAUCCCCCAGCUCCAGCUGCCAACGUUGUUGCAGAAUUUCUUACAGUACCGAUAAGGCAGGCGAUCCAUCAAAAACCACCGACUUUGAUGGCUAUCUGACUGGUAUCUUACAGGGUGGAUCUUACAGGGUGACUGUGGAUUAAUGCAGACUUCAUCAGGCAGUAACUCCAAUUAUAGCCAUCCCCCCCCCCCCCUUUUGACAUCUCUUUACUGGAAUAAAUCACCACAGUCCUAGCAACUGUGAUGCCAUUACCCAUCUGGAAAGUACCUUUCCCCUCUGUCACAAUCUGCAAGAACCACCAAAAGCAGUUUGCUUUUAUUUAUCAGGACCCAUAGUGCACGCUCACGAUCUUGCCGUAGGGUCAAAUCCGUUUUCGUGCUUUCUGCCGGAAGACGAGCCAAGGUUUCUAAGUGUCUUCACAUUCCACAGAACAUCACAUGUGCACUCUACAGAUGAUGCCAUGCUGACUGGACCUGGAUCUUGAUGCCUUAGUAAGAAGCAGGUCAACUAGUGGAAAAGGGAAACCUCACUCCACCUAUAAAGCAACGGAUCCCUCAGCAUCCAGUCGGGAAGACGGAAGUUAACUACACAAUUUAAACAAGAACUUAAUCUAAGGAAGUGGUUAAACAGAUGCCGGCGAACUGAAAAACUAAAAUGGGGCCAUCAAAUUAACAGAAAUAGACGAUUCAGGAAGCAAUUGCUCGUGCUAGAGAACACAGUUAAGAAGUGCGGGCUGUAAGAGCCGAGAACUCGAAGGGAAACUUCUAUGGACUGACUUUUUGCAGGGUGAGAGUACACAGCUGGAGCCAAGGCUUCGGAAGCUCAGAGUAAAAUCCGGGACUCUUUAAGGAGGGCCGCUUCUCAGGGCUUGGUAAACGUCUGAACCGUUAAGAUGAAAUCUGCUCCAGGAGAGCCAAAGAAAGUUGGAGAUCCAACCACCUGCCCCUGCCAGGUUAUGCUUUGUUGCUGCGGCAACACCCCUGCAAAUUCAUGUGGAAACAGCAAGCGCCUUUUCCCCUCCCUUUCCUUCCUGGCCUCCCUCUAGCUCCCCCUAUUGGCAAAGUUUAAUAAAGCUUUCAGCAAAGGAGAAA